GCGCCCGAUCGCUGGACAUUAUGCGGCCGAGCAGCGGAGCCCCAGUCCUCCUCCUCCUUCUCCUGCUCCUCCGGCUCCUCCUGCGGCCCGAGCGGCUCAGCUCUCGGCAGGCGGCAGCGUUGCUCAGCCGAGCGCAGACAGGACCCUCACCGCACGACCUCAGCGACUCCUAAAGUCAAAAGUUGGCGGCCGCGCCGGGCUCCGCGCGCUCUCCACGGCUGCUGCCUCGCGUCGCCGCCGCAGCCCAGGCGGGCCGGAGGGGGGGGGUGGGGGCAGGGGGGAGGGGUGGGGAGCACCAUGCAGUUUGUAUCCUGGGCCACACUGCUAACGCUCCUGGUGCGGGACCUGGCCGAGAUGGGGAGCCCUGACGCCGCGGCGGCCGUGCGCAAGGACAGGCUGCACCCGAGGCAAGUGAAAUUAUUAGAGACCCUGAGCGAAUACGAAAUCGCCUCUCCCACCAGAGUGAACGCUCUAGGAGAACCCUUUCCAGCGAACGUGCACUUCAAAAGAAGGCGACGGAGCAUUAACUCUGCCUCUGACCCCUGGCCUGCCUUCGCCUCCUCCUCUUCCUCCUCUACCUCCUCCCAGGCGCAUUACCGCCUCUCCGCCUUCGGCCAGCAGUUUCUAUUUAAUCUCACCGCCCAUGCCGGAUUUAUCGCUCCACAGUUCACUGUCACCCUCCUCGGGGCGCCCGGGGUGAACCAGACCAAGUUUUAUUCCGAAGAGGAAGCAGAACUCAAGCACUGUUUCUACAAAGGCCAUGUCAAUACCAAGCCCGAGCACGCGGCCGUCAUCAGUCUCUGCUCGGGAAUGCUGGGCACAUUUCGGUUCCAUGAUGGGGAUUAUUUUAUUGAACCGCUAUUGUCCGUGGACAAACAAGAAGAUGAAGAGGAGCAAAACAAGCCCCACAUUAUUUAUAGGCGUAGCAGUCCCCAGAGGGAGCCCUCUCCAGGAAGUCAUACGUGUGACACCUCAGAGCACAGAAGCAGUCACAGUAAAGACAGGAGGAAAACCAGGACAAGAAAACGGAAAGCGAAGAGCACUAGCCUGGCUGAUGAUUUGGCCGUGUUGAAGGGUGGCUUGGCCACCAAGGCAAUUUCUGCCUAUGGGAACAAGACAGACAGCAUGAGGGAAAGGAGGACGCACAGAAGAAACAAACGUUUCUUAUCCUACCCACGGUUUGUAGAGGUGAUGGUGGUCGCGGACCACAGGAUGGUAUCAUACCACGGAGCAGACCUGCAACACUAUGUUCUAACGUUAAUGUCAAUUGUAGCCUCUAUCUAUAAAGACCCAAGUAUUGGAAAUUUAAUUAAUAUUGUUAUUGUGAACUUAGUUGUGAUUCAUAAUGAACAGGAAGGACCUUCCAUAUCUUUUAAUGCCCAGGCAACAUUAAAAAAUUUUUGCCAGUGGCAACAUUCCAAGAACUAUCCAGGUGGAAUCCAGCAUGAUACAGCUGUGCUCGUAACCAGACAGGACAUCUGCAGAGCUCAUGACAAAUGUGACACCUUAGGUCUUGCUGAACUGGGAACCAUCUGUGAUCCCUACAGAAGCUGCUCUAUCAGUGAAGAUAGUGGACUGAGUACAGCGUUCACCAUAGCCCAUGAGCUGGGCCACGUGUUCAACAUGCCGCAUGACGACAACAACAAGUGUAAAGAAGAGGGUGUCAAGAGCCCCCAGCACGUCAUGGCACCGACACUGAACUUCUACACCAACCCCUGGAUGUGGUCCAAGUGCAGUCGGAAAUACAUCACCGAGUUUUUGGACACCGGGUAUGGCGAGUGUCUGCUUAACGAACCCGAAUCCAGAACCUACCCCCUGCCUCCCCAGCUGCCUGGCCUCCUUUACAACGUGAAUAAGCAAUGUGAGCUCAUCUUUGGCCCGGGUUCCCAGGUGUGCCCAUACAUGGUGCAGUGUAGACGGCUCUGGUGCAAUAACGUGGAUGGAGCUCACAAAGGCUGCCGGACUCAGCACACACCCUGGGCCGACGGGACCGAGUGUGAGCCUGGAAAGCACUGCAAGUAUGGAUUUUGUGUUCCCAAAGAAAUGGAGGUCCCCGCGACUGACGGAUCCUGGGGAAGUUGGAGUCACUUUGGAACCUGCUCAAGAACAUGCGGAGGGGGGAUCAAAACAGCCAUCCGAGAGUGCAACCGACCAGAGCCCAAAAACGGUGGCAAGUACUGCGUGGGGCGCAGAAUGAAGUUCAAGUCCUGCAACACGGAGCCCUGCCUCAAGCAGAAGCGAGACUUCCGCGAUGAGCAGUGUGCGCACUUUGACGGGAAGCAUUUUAACAUCAACGGUCUGCACUCUAAUGUGCGCUGGGUCCCCAAGUACAGCGGAAUUCUGAUGAAGGACCGCUGCAAGCUAUUCUGCAGAGUGGCCGGGAGCACCGCCUACUACCAGCUCCGGGACAGAGUAAUCGAUGGAACGCCUUGUGGCCAGGACACCAAUGACAUCUGUGUCCAAGGCCUUUGCAGGCAAGCUGGAUGUGAUCAUGUUCUGAACUCAAAAGCCCGGAGAGAUAAAUGUGGGGUUUGUGGUGGCGAUAAUUCUUCAUGCAAAACAGUGGCAGGAACAUUCAAUACUGUACAUUAUGGUUACAAUACUGUGGUCCGAAUUCCAGCCGGUGCUACCAAUAUUGAUGUGCGACAGCACAGUUUCUCAGGGAAAUCGGAAGAUGACAACUACUUGGCUUUAUCAAGCAGUAAAGGUGAAUUCCUGCUCAACGGAGACUUCGUCGUCACCAUGUCCAAAAGGGAAAUCCGCGUCGGGAGCGCAGUGAUUGAAUACAGCGGGUCUGACAACGUGGUGGAGCGCAUCAACUCCACGGACCGCAUUGAGCAGGAGCUGCUGCUGCAGGUUCUGUCGGUGGGGAAGCUCUACAACCCCGACGUGCGCUACUCCUUCAACGUUCCCAUCGAAGACAAGCCUCAGCAGUUCUACUGGAACAGUCACGGCCCCUGGCAGGCGUGCAGCAAGCCCUGCCAAGGGGAGCGGAAACGGAAACCUGUUUGCAGCAGGGAAUCUGACCAGCUUACCGUAUCAGAUCAGAGAUGCGAUCGGCUGCCCCAGCCAGCACCCAUCACGGAAGCCUGCGGCACAGACUGUGACUUGAGGUGGGCCCGUUGUUCUAAAAGCUGCGAUGGGGGAAGCCAAAGGAGAAGGGCUAUUUGUGUCAACACCCGCAAUGACGUCCUGGAUGACAGCAAAUGUGCCCAUCAGGAAAAAGUCACCAUUCAGAGGUGCAAUGAGUUCCCGUGUCCAAAGUGGAAAUCGGGAGACUGGUCAGAGUGCUUGGUCACCUGUGGAAAAGGGCACAAGCAUCGCCAGGUCUGGUGUCAGUUUGAAGACCGAGUAAACGACAGGCUCUGUGACCCUGAGACCAAGCCAGUGUCCAUGCAAACUUGUCAGCAGCCGGAAUGUGCAUCCUGGCAGGCGGGUCCCUGGGGACAGUGCAGUGUCACCUGUGGACAGGGUUACCAGCUGCGGGCAGUGAAGUGCAUCAUUGGGACCUACGGGUCAGCGGUAGACGACAGUGACUGUAACGCAGCCACCAGACCAACGGACACCCAGGACUGUGAAUUCCCAUCCUGCCACCCUUCCCCAGUGGUCCCAGAAACAAGGAGAAGCGCACACAAUGUUCCAAGAACCCAGUGGCGAUUUGGAUCUUGGACUCCAUGCUCAGCCACCUGUGGCAAAGGGACCCGGAUGAGGUAUGUCAGCUGCCGGGAUGAGGACGGCUUGGUGGCGGAGGACAGCGCAUGUGCUGCCCUGCCCAAACCGGUGGCCAAGGAGGAGUGCUCCGUGACCCCCUGUGGGAGGUGGAAAGCCCUGGACUGGAGCCCUUGCUCUGUGACGUGUGGGCAAGGUAGGGCAACCCGGCAGGUGGUAUGUGUCAACUACAGUGACCACGGGAUUGACCAGAGCGAGUGCGACCCCGACUACAUCCCAGAGACCGAACAGGACUGCGCCAUGUCCCCGUGCCCUCAGCGGACCCCGGACAAGGGCCUCCCUCAGCACCCCUUCCAGAACGAGGACUACCGGCCCCGGAGCCCCAACCCCAGCCGCACACACGUGCUGGGGGGAAACCAGUGGAGGACGGGCCCCUGGGGAGCCUGUUCCAGUACCUGUGCCGGAGGUGCCCAGCGGCGUGUCGUGGUGUGUCAGGAUGAAAACGGAUACACUGCAAACGACUGUGUGGAGAGAAUCAAACCCGACGAGCAGAGGGCCUGCGAAUCCGGUCCUUGUCCCCAGUGGGCUUACGGCAACUGGGGAGAGUGCACAAAGCCAUGUGGUGGAGGGAGCCGGACGCGACUGGUGGCCUGUCAGCGGUCCAAUGGCGAACGCUUCCCAGAUCUGAGCUGUGAAAUCCUUGACAAGCCUCCAGAUCGUGAGCAGUGUAACACACACGCCUGUCCCCAAGACGCCGCCUGGAGUACUGGCGCUUGGAGCUCGUGCUCUGUGUCUUGUGGUCGAGGGCACAAACAGCGAAAUGUUUACUGCAUGGCAAAAGAUGGAAGCCAGUUAGAGAGUGAUUACUGUAAACACCUGGCUAAGCCACAUGGGCACAGGAGGUGCCGAGGAGGACGGUGCCCCAAAUGGAAGGCUGGCGCGUGGAGUCAGUGCUCGGCGUCCUGUGGCCCCGGCGUGCAGCAGAGGCGCGUGAGCUGUCAGAUCGGGACGCACAGACCAGCGCGCGACACCCAGUGCGACCUCUUUGCCAGACCCGCGUCGGAGCGCGCCUGCGAGAGCCCGCCUUGCCCGCGCUUCGCCUGGAGGGCCGGGCAGUGGCAGGAGUGCACCAAGACCUGCGGGGAGGGCUCGCGGUUCCGCCGGGUGCUGUGCGUGGACGCCCGCGAAGCGGAGGUGCACAGCGCGCACUGCGCCCCCGGCCAGCGGCCAGCCGAGCGCGAGAGCUGCAGCCUGCAGCCCUGCGAGUACGUGUGGAUCACGGGCGAGUGGUCAGAGUGCUCGGUGACCUGCGGGAAGGGCUACCAGCAGAGGCUGGUGUCGUGCAGCGAGGUCUACGCGGGCAAGGACAGCUACCAGUACACCUACCAGGCCAGCGCCCCCUGCCCCGGCCCGCAGCCCGCCAGCGUCCGCCCCUGCUACCCCGGGACCUGCCCCGCCUCGGCCGCCUGGAGAGUCGGCAACUGGGGGAGCUGCUCCGUGUCUUGCGGCGUCGGGGUGAUGAGCAGGUCGGUGCAGUGUUUAACCAACGAGGACCAGCCCAGCCACUUAUGUCCCGCUGAUCUGAAGCCAGAGGAACAAAAAAACUGCCAUAAUAUUUAUAACUGCGAGUUACCCCAGAACUGCAGGGAGGUCCAACGACUCACGGGUGCCAGAGAGGACGGCGAGUACUUCCUGAUCAUCAGGGGGAAGCCCCUGAAGGUCUUCUGCGCGGGGAUGAAGUCCGACCGCCCCAAGGAGUACGUGACACUGGCCCGCGGGGACGCCGAGAACUUCUCCGAGGUCUACGGGCACAGGUUGCACAACCCCACCGAGUGUCCCUACAACGGGAGCCGCCGGGAUGACUGCCCGUGCAGGAAGGAUUACACAGCCGCCGGGUUUUCCAGCUUCCAGAAGAUCCGACUGGACCUCAGCAGCAUGCAGAUAGUCACCACUGACUUACAGUUUGCAAGGACAAGUGAAGGGCACCCCGUGCCUUUUGCCACAGCUGGGGACUGCUACAGUGCUGCCAAGUGUCCACAGGGUCGGUUUAGCAUCAACCUCCACGGGACGGGCCUGUCUCUGACGGAUUCGGCCAGGUGGACCUCGCAGGGCAACUACGCCGUCUCCGACAUCAAGAAGUCCCCGGAUGGUACCCGAGUCGUAGGGAAAUGUGGUGGUUACUGUGGAAAAUGCACUCCAUCUUCUGGUACUGGCCUGGAGGUGCAAGUUCUAUAGCUAAGGUGCUCUGAAGAGGAAGCCAUUAUGGGAUGGAUGAAGGAUAGUCAUGCAAUACCUCCACCUUAAAUCUGGGUGCCUGUGUGUGUGUGAGAGACCUGUAUGCUCGUGUGUGUGUGUGUGUGUGUGUGUGUGUGUGAGAGAGAGAGAGUGUGUGUGUAUAUGUGUGUACAUAUGCAUAUAUAUAUAAAUAUAUAUAUGUGCAGGUUGAGCAUCCUCAGUCCAAAAAUCUGAACAUCAGAUUCCGUGUGUGCAAAUAUCACGAAAUCUGAAAUCUGCAAACACUUCCGGUCCCAAGCAUUUUGGAUCAGGGGUCUUCAACCUGUGGAAUAGCCUGAUGAUGUAAAGUUUAAUAUUUAUAUGUUUGAAAUUAUUUAUUGUGAUGUAAUAUUUUUGUACGUAAAAUGAUUUUAUUGUGACUGCCUUCACGUUAUCACUUUUGUCCCCUGCAGUCAAGACCACUGCGUUUUACGUACUCUACGUUAUAUGUAGGACUACGACAGAGGUGACUCUUCCUUAUCACGGUACACUGCAGUUUACUUUUUAUCUGUCGGUGUUUUGCUGAUACUUUUUUUUUUUUAAUUGUGAUUUGCGUUUUGAAACAACCCAGCCAUCCCAUCAUCAAGGUGCUACAAGAGUCGUACAAGGGCAGUUUGGGCAUUUCUGGGAAAGGUUCUUUAGCCAAUGAGUCUCAUUAGCUAACCAGUUAGUGACAUGGCACACAGACUGUACCAACUGGGAAUUCUAUUCAGUAGCUAUUCGGUUUCAUGUGAUCUCUGGGAAAAAAAAUAUAUAUAUACAUAUAUAUAUAUAUAUGUAUGCUGCCUUGGUGCUAAUGUUGUAUGUAUUUAAGUGACUUUCAGACUUCUAAUAAAAAGGGAGCAACAGAAAGACAGUUUCCAGAGGACAGAGUCACUUGGAUAGAAUAAGACCAACGACACCCUUAUGUUUUGGACAUGCCUUUUCUGGAAGAGAGUGGAACUUUAUUCUUGCUGGUAUUGCCGCUUCAGUGUGGGGCUCCUGGGUGUCUCUGCAUUGGGACAGAGGAUUUGGCAGAGACACACUGGGAAAUUAAAAUCCUCACACUGUUUGGCCAAGGUAUUCUAGAGUGACAUCCAAGGUCACUGAGCAAGCACACCCUGGAGAUGUUCCGGAAGGUUCUGAGUCAUUAGGAUUCUCCUUUGCUGGCCUGAUACCCCGCCGUUCGCCUGUAGUAUCCGAUGCUGUGUGAAGAGAUGGACUUUGGAACACAAGGUGCCGGUUUCUUUCUGAUCUUCUGUGAAUCUACAUUUUAUUACUUCUUUCCAAGAAGUGGGGAAGCCUUGGUCUAUGUGCCCUUCCAACUUGAUUGGAAUGGAAGUGGCCCAUGGAAGACCCUUGGUUUGAGAAACUCUGCCCAUUUCCAAAAACCAAAGAGAUUGGGAGAAAAAAAAACACCUGGCCAUAUUCAACUCCAAGCGAACUCCACAGUGCUCCAGGGAGAGGUAUAUUCAGUGUAUGAAUAAGUAUUGUUUUCCAUUAUUAACACAUGUUGAAAACAUAUUAUGAAUAAAUACCAUGACCACAUCCAAA